CAAAAAACCAAUGUCACCUUAAAACCUACUUUCUAUAUAGCCAGAAACCUCUUAAAACCCUUUCUCUGUCUCUCUGCAACUGCUUUUAGGUUUUUUCCAUUUUCAAGCUUCAAUGGGUUCCUACAACAAUAACAGUAACUCCACCAACUUUGAUAACCUCCUUCUUCGAACCCUAAUGGGCAGGCUUCAGCUUCGCCCCCCUUACCUCAACAAUAACUCCUUUCUCUCUCAAAACCUCGACGAUUUCUUACUGGAAGCCACAACCGAGGACGAUGACGAAAAAACCCCUCUCGCUAAAGAGGAAUUGAAGCUGGAGAGAGAAAUAGUCAGGCUUAUACACAUGGGAAACACUGAAACCCUGAAACCCAAUUCGAGCCAGGCCGUAACGAUCGGAGAACACCAUGUCUGUGUUGGUUUCCAUGAAGACCCAGGCUCUGAGUAUAGGGUGUGGGAGUGGCAUGGACACAUCAUGCUUUUUGAUGAGGAAAAUGGGUACUCCCCGGAAUACAUUUAUGGGAACUAUUUUGAAAGGGCUCCCGUUAAGGAGGAGAAAGAAAGUGAUGGAGAGAGUGAGAACGUGGGCCUUCGUGAGUUGAUUGGAGAUGCUGGUUCUGAUGGCGGAAGGAUUGUGAGGAGGAAUUUGAACGCGGGCUCUAAGAAGGAAGGUGUGCAUAAAGAAGGUGCUUCUUAGUAAUUGUCUGCAGGAACUGAUGAAAUUCCACCAGGCGGUUGCUUCUUUCUUGCAAAUUGUUCGUAAUAUGUAGCAGAAUCGGUAUCGUCUGACAUUUGUUUUUUUUUUGCUCAGUGGAAAAAAAAAUCUAUUUUUGUGUGUAUGGCUGGUAUAAUUUUUUGAGCUAAGAAGGUAGUAUUAAUGCCAAAGUUUGAUUAUAUUCCUUGACAUAAUUUAGUAGGUAAAUUUGUUCAAUGGAAUGAUACGGUGGCUUAUUUAUGACGGGAAGAUUUGCAAAUCAUAAAAUAAAAUAGUAUUGCUCAGUGGUUUGAAUAAAAUAGUCGUACUAAGUGGUUAUGUUAUGUCUGCAAUGUGGCAUCUUCAUGAUUCACUUUCAAUAUGUUCCUGAUUGAAUGGAAAAAUUGCUGACAACAUAUUUUCCUAUUUACGUUGUGAUGUGACUCACGAAAGUGAGGAAGAGGUUGCAGAUACUGAACAAGCUGAGAACUGGUUUUCUUUGACCUCUGCCCAAAGAGUAUGUAGUAGAUAUGUUCCUUGCUCUGGAUAAAUUAUAUGAAUGGGACAUUGAGCACGCAUGAGCUUGGAGAAUAUGCUGAUGGCACAUUGACUGAAAUAUUUAUCAAGCGAGCCUUGGAAAACAAGCACAACUGAAGGUUUGACGUAUUUGCUCCGGUGCCUUGAUCUUCAUGGACGAGGAUACCUUCUUACAGCUGAUAUUCACACCCUUUUCAGGUAAAAAAAUUCUUCCACUUUAGGGAAAUCCACACAGAUAUGAGUGCUUUAAGUGUCGUAAACCCAGGAUGGGCUUAAUUUAAUCAUGGAUUCAGUUGCAGAACUGGUUUUAGGAAAAUGACCAGCUUCAGCAUUGCAUUUUCUAGAGGGAAAAGGUGUUCUUAUAAUCUUGGAAAUUAGAUUUUGUUUCUGAUCUUCUGUGUCUUUUUUCUCUCAUUUUACUGAGACUGGGAGCCUGUGGCUGCUGCCCCGGAGAUAGAACAUGCUCUUUUGUGUGUGUAUGGGUGUGUGUGUGUGUCUGAGAGAGAGAGAGAGAGAGAGAGAGAGAGAUGGGUACUGAAAUUGAUCCUUCGUACUAGAAGUUUACUGUAAUCUAUUACAGUAUGAUGGUACAUGGUACUCCAAGGGAGCAUGAAUCCUUCAUUCCUGCUGAUCAAUUGUGGACAUGAACUGCACCUGAGUGAAUGCAAUGAUGGGCACUACAAUGGCUAAUUCCUGCUGUCAUCAGUGACAGAAGGUGGAUGCGCAUUUGCCUUAACAUAUGUAGUCUAUCGGUUAGUGUGUGCUCUGCCAGCAUAUUAUGUUGGAUAAUGGACCUAGUUCUUGUUUUCCUGUCUGUUUUCAAUUAGAAUAAUCACAAAUUGAGUCAUAAUUGUUUUUUUUUUUUUGUUCUUCUAUAUAUGCAUUUCAAUAUGGACGAGAAGAAGGGGGCCAUACUGAAGUUGAGAUGUUAACUCUGAUACAAUCGUCCGAUAUCAAUCUUGUAAUUUUUCCUGCUUGCAGUUUUGAAAUAAAGUUCUACAAGUCUCAAAAUUACAGGACAUUUGAAUUAAUUGACAAAAUAAUUUUUUUUACUUAUAUGCUUUCACCUAUGAAGAACGUAACAAGCUUCUCCUUUUGUUCUAAUAGAUGUGCAUCAGAAGUGGAUAGAAGGUGGUAACUAUAAACUCUGCAUAGAAGAUGUAAGAGAUGAGAUAUGGGAUAUGGUGAGGCCAAGUGACCCUCUCAAGAUAACACUCACCGACUUCUUUGCCUGCAAGCAAGGGGGCACUGUGGCUGGAAUUCUCAUUGACAUACGGGGAUUUUGGGCCCAUGACAAUCACAAUUAUCUUCUACAGGAGGAGGAAGAGGCUGAAGAGGAGUAAGGUAUUCGGCAGAUAGAAUUGCAAUCAAUGCUUGAUCAGGAUAAGGGGUUAGGUUGUGUUGUGUAUAUGUGAUAGUUUCUUGUGAUCUCUUUGCUUUUAUUUUUACUCAUUUGUUGUAAAAUCAAAUACUGUAUAACUAGAGAUUGCAACAUGGCAUCUUCUAUAGGAGGAAGGGGCUGAAGAGGAGUAAGGUAUUGGGCAGAUAGAAUUGCAAUCAAUGCUUGAUCAGGAUAAAGGGUUAGGUUGUGUUCGUGUGUAUGUGAGUUUCUUGUAAUCUCUUUGCUUUUACUGUUACUCAUUUCUUUGCUUUACUGGUACUCAUUUGAUGUAAAAUCAAAUACUGUAUAACUAGAGAUUGCAACAUGGCAAGGGAAAUAGGUUUCCGUUC